UAGAAAGGUUUGAAAAUGCAGAGACCACCUCAAGAAGAUUUUUCAGUAAAGGAGACCAAACCCCACCUUGUUGGAGGGAAGGUUACAGGUGAUAAGCUUACUGGCACCUAUGAUUUGGUUGAGCAAAUGCAGUAUCUUUAUGUUCGGGUGGUUAAAGCAAAGGAUUUACCAGGGAAGGAUGUUACGGGUAGUCUUGAUCCUUAUGUUGAGGUUAGGCUGGGAGACUAUCGGGGUACAACUCGUCAUUUCAAGAAGAAAUCGAAUCCUGAAUGGAAUCAGGUGUUUGCUUUUUCCAAGGAGCGGAUUCAGGCUUCUGUACUUGAGGUGAAUGUGAAAGAUAAGGAUAUUAUUAAGGAUGAUUUUGUUGGUUGUGUUAUGUUUGAUUUGAACGAGAUCCCUAAAAGAGUUCCCCCGGAUAGUCCUCUUGCUCCGCAGUGGUAUAGGUUGGAGGAUAGAAGUGGUAACAAAGUGAAAGGAGAGUUGAUGUUGGCUGUUUGGAUGGGUACUCAAGCUGAUGAAGCAUUUCCUGAAUCUUGGCAUUCGGAUGCGGCUACUGUUAGUGGUGCUGAUGCUCUUGCAAAUAUAAGGUCUAAGGUGUACCUCUCACCAAAGCUGUGGUACCUUAGAGUUAAUGUGAUUGAGGCUCAGGACUUGAUUCCCAGUGACCGAAGUAGGUUUCCAGAGGUUUACGUGAAGGCCAUCCUGGGAAAUCAGGCGUUGAGAACCAGAGUUUCCAUGAGCAAGACUAUUAAUCCCAUAUGCUGCUGAGAUUUUUCGUGAAGAAUAUCAAGCACUAAGAAUGA